CGUAGAUGUAAUAUGCGGCGAAAGUAGAUAAAAGGAUCGCAUCCUUUAUUCUUUCGUCAAAAUUUUGCAGAACUUCUUCCUACGAUUCCUCCAUCCACUUUCUCUUUCUAUUUUAUCAGUAUAAAUAAAUAUCGUCUUAGCUGAUUUCCAAUCCGUUCUUCUGGAUGUUGUUUGGCUCAUACAUUCACGCGCAGAAGAUCUAUCGAUAGAAUAAAAAAUAUUGGAAGCACAAAAUGGAUUCUAUUUCCCCUGAGCUGCAAUUGGAUUGCAGGACCCCUUCCGUUCUUCCGACGAUCACUAAGUUUCUCGGUGAAAUCUCAAUGAUCGGUAACCUUUCAGAGAGACUAAUGAAAAUUAACGACCGCGUCUGGAGGCUUGAAGAGGAGAUGCGGAAGAUCGAUGCCUUCAAGCGCGAGUUACCCCUUUGCAUGCUUCUUCUGAAUGACGUGAUUGUAUUUCUCAAAGAGGAAUCGAUGAAGUGUAGAAAGUCACUGAUUGGACCUGUUUAUGAAGAAUUUCUUCCCGUGAAGAAGAGUUCUGGGAAUGGUGAUGAUGUAGAUGGUGAUAACAGAGUUGAGGCUAGUAAAGAAAAUGACAGUAAAGAAAAGGUAAAAUGGACAAGCUCGUUUAAGCUCUGGAAUGGUGAUAUGGAUGGCCUCUUUUCAGAGUUCAGCGAUAACAGCUACGCCGUAAAGUCGGAUCUCAGAAUAUUGGGGCAUUCUGGGAUUCGAAUUGAUGCAGUGAGUAAGGACAGGCAUGAAGAAUUACCAGGAGUAGUGCCUCCUGGGCUUUCUCUUAGUGGUUUGAAUUCAAAAGCAAGCAAAGUGGAGGUACCUUCUAGUGCUGCUACAAGUAGUUCCCUGCAGCAGGCAUUUAGGAAGCAAAGAAGGUGCUGGUCGGCGGAGUUGCAUAAAAGAUUUGUUAGUGUCUUGCAUCAGCUUGGCGGUCCACAAGUUGCUACUCCUAAGCAGAUUAGAGAGCUUAUGCAAGUGGAAGGUCUAACCAAUGAUGAAGUGAAGAGUCAUUUGCAAAAAUAUCGGCUCCAUAUACGAAGAAUUCCAAGGAGGCAUUUCUCAUCCGAGAAUAAAUCCAUUGUAAUGCUGGGUGACUUGGGUCAUGAUAAUAAUAAAAUGUUUAUGCGCAUUGACCAGAUUGGUGAAUCCUCCAAGCAGAGCUGUUCUCAGUCUGGUUCUCCUCAGGGUACCCUUCUGUUAGGGGAAAGCUCUCGAGGGACAUCCAUGAGUGGAAGCGAUAGCAUGGAAGAUGACAAAUCUGAGUGAGAUAUUUAAAUACUUUUUUAUCCCUAAAUGAUGAAUGUAUAGAUGUCCGGCAUGAAUUUUGAAGAGAGAAUAAUGUAUCUAUGGCGGAUUGUUCACAAUAUACAUAUUUAAAAGUUGAAGUUAUUACUAAAAGUACAACAAGGAAAUGAGAGGGUGCUGAGAAUUUUUGGAGGAUUAGUUUUUUGUUUUGCUUUUUGUUGCUUCAUGUGUAUGUUCAGUCAGCCCUGAUAUUGGUGUUCUUGUGCUGUUAUUUUUUUAGUUUGA